AUGGCUGAAUCAAGUACUAAUAAAGAAACUCUCUUUUCGGCACAACACACACCAGCUCAACGAGUUACUAGUGUGCUGUUGAAUGGCCGUAAUUUUGCAUCUUGGGCUCGUUCCCUCCGCCUCUAUGAAGGCCUGAAUUUGUCUGUAACUGAUUAUUUUGGGUAUUUGAGAUCUCGUUGGGAGGAACUAGCUCAAUAUGAGCCUCUCAGUGAAUUUCCUUUUGAGGUAGCCUCUCUUCUUGUCAAACGUCUUGAUCGUCAGCAUACCUAUCAGUUUUUGAUGGGAUUACGCCCAGAAUUUGAACCACUAAAGUCUCAGAUCUUGAAUGCAUCACCAAUGCCAUCCCUGUUGGAAGCCUUUGCUACUGUUAAUGGUGAAGCACGCAGGCACUGUUUAAUUCAGCCCUCAAUUGUUCUUGUACCAGUGUCUGAGCCUGCUUGGGAUGGUACUCCUACUGCAUUUCAUGUUAAGGCCAAGCAGCCCACUUGGGUUCUAGAUUCUGGGGCCAAUGAUCACAUGACUGGUGAGUUAUCAGUUUUUUCUUUUAAUGUCAUACCUGUUACCCAAUCUAUGUAUCUUGCGGAUGGCUCUACAUCUUACAUUCACAGUAAGGGUGAUGUUUGUCUGUCUCCUGAUAUUACUCUUUCAUCUGUCCUUCAUGACCUUUGUUCGAAGAGGAUUUUUGGUAGGGGUUAUGAGCGUGAUGGGCUUUACUACUUUGGGGAACCACCAGGAAUGAGUCUUCAAGCUUCUGUCCUACCUACUUCUAGUAUUUAUGAUGUUUCUUUUCGCACUUUUAGUCUGUGGCAUGCACGUUUGGGGCAUUUUCUUCAAAUGAUCAAAACCCGGUAUAACAUUGUUGUCCGUAAUAUUCGUUCUGAUAAUGGACGAGAAUAUGUUUCGAAUGAGUUCUGGUCUGAACUUAAUAAAAAGGGGAUUUUACAUCAACUCACUUGCCCCUAUACUCUUGAGCAAAAUGGCGUGGCUGAACGCAAAAACUGUCAUCUUAUGUCUGUGGUCCGAUGUCUUCUGAGUGGUAUGCAUGUGCCUAAAUUCUAUUGGCACAUGGCUAUUCUUAUAGCUGUUUUUCUGAUUAAUCGUACUCCUAGUCGAGUUUUGGGUGGUAAGGUAGCACUUCAGAUUCUCCAGCCUGAUUAUACAUUGUUUCACCUUCUGCCUUGUGUUUUUGGCUGUACUUGUUUUGUUCAUAACCGUAGUCCUUCUCAUCAUAAACUUGAUGAUAAAUCUAUUAGGUGUAUUUUCUUGGGGUAUUAUGCUAUGUCAAAGGGCUAUCGUUGUUAUGAUCCUAUGACCAAACAUAUGUAUCAUUCUCUUGAUAUGACAUUUCAUGAAAUUGUUCCUUUUUAUAGUACUAAUUCUAUGGUACAUGAUUCUCUCUCUUGUGAUCUGGAGAAGGAGAUUUCUUUUAUUGCCCGUCCUGUUCCUCUCUUUGAAAAUGAAACUGUCCUAGAAUCUCAUUCUCCAUCUAUGCAGGGUUCCCCUCCACUUUUGCAGGUCUACUCUCGUCGCCAUCGCACUCAACCUCCCCUGCCAGAAUCAUCUUCAAUACCAGGUUCAGGUAACUCUCCUUCUCUUAUUGCUCCUAUAAUUCUUGAACGUACUUCCCGUUAUCCUACCCGUGAUCGUCAUCCUCCUAAUUGGUAUGGUUUUUCUAGUAACACUAACCACCCUAUUUCCCAGUAUGUCUCCUAUGAUGGUCUUUCAGGUGCAUAUAAAUCCUUCCUGGGUAAGAUUGGGACCAUUUUUAUUCCUCGAUCUGUGUCAGAGGCCUUCCAGGAUCCCAAUUAG